AUGCCUAUGGUAAUUAAAGGAAAAAGUAAACCCAAAACUGAAUCGAAGCCUAAAGAGCUGCAAAAAAAAGCUUACACCAACAAUACUAAUUAUACGGAACCUGAAAAUAUGCCAGAAAGGCCAGACCCGUUUGAUGAUUUUCCGUUUGUAUCUAAUAGUUAA